UUCCUGCCUUGAACUCCACUCAAAACAGCAGCAGCAGCAGCAAAUCCCCUCCUCUUCAUGUUGUUUUAUUUUAACACUCUUCCUCUCCUUGCUCUUAGUUUUCUUGCUUGGGAAAUAUGGGGUUAGAAGAGGACUUUGAGAGGGGCCGGGGCUGAAGAGAGAGAGAGAGAGAGAGAGAGAGAGGUGACAUGUUCGGGGAGUGGGGAGAUAAAACACAAAACGAAAGGCAGAAGAUUCUCCGAGAAAAGGGUGGACUUUUGAGCAUGUCAUAUCAUCAAUUUAAUGUGAGAGGAUAGAGGAGAGGAGAGAAGAGAUUCCUUUGCAGUUUAGAGUUCUUUGAUAUCCGCACGUUAGUAAGAUUUCUCUCACACACAUCUUUUUGCAGUUUGGAAAGGAUUGGAGAAAGGAAAAGAGAAGCCUCGUAAAAGAAGGCCAACCCCAAUUGAGAGAGAGAGAGAGAGAGAGAGUAGCUUUAAAAUUCUCAAAUGAAAAGAAAAAAAAUAGGAGAUAUGUGAAAUCCCUUCACCUGGGAAAGCAGGCAUGGGAUCUUAAAAUCUUUUUUGAUCUUUUACUGGUUUCUACAACUGAGUCUGAAAUAUUCCAUCAGCUUUGUAAAUGGGCUCUCCUCUAUUUGUCCUGAAAUAUUCCGUUUGUUUGCUAAUGUGAUGUACAAAGAUGCCCCAGAUGCCCCCUGGUUUUUGCAUUGAUUCGAGUGACCCAAGGGGUAGCAGUAGAAUCAACAACAGGUAAGAGGAAGGAAAUGAUUUUGGGAUGUGGUGCUUGUUGGUAUUACUGCUGAUCAAAUACCAUUGCCUUAAAUCAGAUACAUGACCACAUGAGAAAGAAGGAUUUCAGAUUACUUUGCAUGAUAUAUAACACCUUUACUUUCAUGUACUGACAAGCAGAGAGGUUGCAUGGAAGUUACCUGAAAGCAAAUGAAUGAAAAUCCCAGAAAGAGACAAACAAGGAAUGGUUGGAGUUAAGGGGUGUGGGGUAGAGGUGUCUGUCUAGUCGCUAUUCACCCAUUAAAGGCUUUGCGUGUGAAUGCCCUUCAAAUUUCGCUCCCAAGCUCUCUCUCUCUCUACCCUUCCGCUUCUGUGGGUCUCACCCUCCUGCACGUAUUGGAUCUCUUGAUUGGCUAUCUCAGGAGUUUGAUUAGGAACAGGGGGAUCUUUUCUCCUCUCUCUCUCUCUCUCUCUCUCUCUCUCUCCUUUGUAUCAUCAUGUCUACUUUCUAGUUUUUUUUUUUUUAAUUUUUUUUAAAUUUUUUUAAAUUUUUUUAUGUAUCAUGUCUCAUAUCUUUUUCUUGCCUUGCUUUCAUUUCAUACCUACUUAUUCUGAGGGGUACUCCCUACAACAAGACACCCACACCCAAUCCUUACAAAUUUUCAGAUUCUUGCCUCUUCAUUUACCUCUCUCAUCUAUCAUUCCUAAGCUUAUGAAAAUCAGGCUCCAAAGCCAAGGGUUGCAAAAGUCCAAAAACAAUACAAAAGAUAAGCUAUAAAACCCUUUAUUAUUAUUCUUUUUUUUUUCUCUCAUAGAGUUGAGAGAGAGAGAGAGAGAGAGAGAAGAGAGAGUGAGGUAUUGUGAGAACAGUGUUGUUUAGAUACAUAAGCUGCCACUCAUACUGCUACCACACCUCCCUGUUUUUGGCAGAUCAUGUCCUGUCAAAGAAGCUGCAUUCUCAGAUGUCCUAUUAAAGAAAAGGAAUGCAAACUCCUCAGUCUCUCCUCCUUCUCCCCCUCAUCUUCUUUACUUUUCAGUCCAAAAACACCUCCAUUUCUCUUUUGGGUUUCUCAACUUCUCCUUCUCCAAUACUCUACUCAACCAACAGCAACUCCUACUUCUUGAGAUGCUCACCUCAUUGAAUUCUCAUGAAGAAGAGGAAGACCCAGAUCGUCACCAUCAUCAUCACCGGAAUCCAGCACGUGGCCUCCCCUCACCUGCCAACCACGUGCGCCAAUUGCUGAUAAGCUGUGCUGAGCUCAUCUCCCAAUCUGAUUUCGCAGCAGCACGCCGCAUCGUCUCUCUCCUCUCCGCCAGCUCCUCUCCUUACGGAGACUCCACUGACAGAGUAGUCCACCAAUUCACCAAAGCCCUCAACAUCAGAAUCAACCGCCAUACCUUCCAAAACCUCAUCUCUUCUUCUUCAUCUCCCACUCCUUCAAUCUCCACCAAUCCAGACACCCUCCAAUCUGCUUAUCUCACCCUCAACCAAAUCACACCAUUCAUCAGAUUCAGCCACCUCACAGCCAACCAAGCCAUCUUAGAAGCAAUUGAAGGCCACAGACAUAUUCAUAUACUCGAUUUCAACACAAUGCAAGGGGUGCAAUGGCCUCCUCUGAUGCAAGCCAUUGCCGAAGGAUCAGAUCCGUUGAACCCACCGUCGAUUCGAAUCACAGGAACAGGCCACGAUUUGGAGACCCUCCAAAGGACCGGCCACCGUCUGCAGACAUUUGCACAAUCUUUAGGGCUGAAUUUCCAAUUCUACCCUCUCCACAUCGACGAUGGCCCGUCUUCCACCACUGUGCUUCACCUCCUUUCCUCCAUCAACGUCGUUCCUGAGGAGAUGCUUGCCGUGAAUUGUGUUCUCUACCUCCACAAGUUGCUGAAGGAUGAUGAGCGUGAUGUCCGGCUCUUCCUCCGCACCAUCAAAGCCAUGAAUCCAAAGGUGGUAACAGUUGCUGAGCGAGAAGCCAGACACAACCACCCCAUCUUCUUGCAGAGAUUCAUGGAAGCCUUGGACUACUACACCGCUGGUUUUGACUCCCUCGAGGCAACACUGCCACCCAACAGCCAGGAGAGGCUGACGGUAGAACAGGUCUGGUUCGGGAAUGAGAUUGCCAACAUUGUUGCUGCAGAGGGAGAAGAGAGAAGGGAGAGGCAUGAGAGGUUUGAGAGUUGGGUGGAAAUGAUGAGGAGCUCCGGCUUUGCAAAUGUUCCAUUGAGCCCUUUCGCAUUGUCUCAGGCAAAGCUCCUUCUGAGGCUCCAUUACCCUUCAGAAGGAUAUCAGCUCCAGCUUGUCAAUGACUCUUUCUUCCUGGGUUGGCAAAACAAGGCCCUCUUCUCAGUUUCUUCAUGGUACUAAAACCUAACUCUCCUUCCUUUUCAGCCUAUCUCUUCCUAUCUUUCUUUAAUUUUCUUCCACUUGUGAGAUUGCCAAGAAAAACCAGAAAGAAAGAAAGAAAAAAAAAGA